AUGGCUGAGAUCACCAAUAUCCGACCUAGCUUUGAUGUGUCGCCGGUGGUGGCCGGCCUGGUCGGGGCGUCCGUGCUUGUGGUGUGCGUCUCGGUGACCGUCUUCGUGUGGACGUGCUGCCACCAGCGGGCAGAGAAGAAGCACAAGACCCCCCCCUAUAAGUUUAUCCACAUGCUCAAAGGCAUCAGCAUAUACCCAGAGACCCUCAGCAACAAGAAGAAAAUCAUCAAAGUGCGGAGAGACAAAGACGGCCCCGGGAGGGAAGGGGGGCGGGGGAGCGUGCUGGUGGACGCGGCGGAGGCUGGCCUGCUGGGCGGAGACAAAGGCCCCGGGGGCCCCAGCUCUGGAUCUUGUAUGGACCAGCUACCUAUUAAAGUGGACUAUGGGGAAGAACUGAGGAGCCCCGUCGCGAGCCUGACCCCUGGGGAGAGCAAAACCACUUCUCCGUCGUCUCCGGAGGAGGACGUCAUGCUAGGAUCCCUCACCUUCUCGGUGGACUAUAACUUCCCGAAGAAAGCGCUGGUGGUGACAAUCCAGGAGGCUCACGGGCUGCCGGUGAUGGAUGAACAGACCCAGGGCUCCGACCCCUACAUCAAAAUGACCAUCCUUCCCGACAAGCGGCAUCGGGUGAAGACCAGAGUGCUGCGGAAGACCCUGGACCCCGUGUUUGACGAGACCUUCACCUUCUACGGCAUCCCGUACAGCCAGCUGCAAGACCUGGUGCUCCACUUCCUCGUCCUCAGCUUUGACCGCUUCUCCCGGGACGACGUCAUCGGGGAGGUCAUGGUGCCGCUGGCCGGCGUGGACCCCAGCACGGGCAAGGCACAGCUGACCAGGGACAUCACCAAAAGGAACAUCCAGAAGUGCAUUAGCAGAGGGGAGCUCCAGGUGUCUCUGUCAUACCAGCCCGUGGCACAGAGAAUGACAGUGGUGGUCCUCAAAGCCCGACACCUGCCGAAAAUGGACAUCACCGGUCUCUCAGGUAAUCCUUACGUCAAGGUGAACGUCUACUACGGCAGAAAACGCAUCGCCAAGAAGAAAACCCAUGUGAAAAAGUGCACUUUGAACCCAGUCUUCAACGAGUCUUUCGUCUACGACAUCCCCCCUGACCUGCUGCCUGACAUCAGCAUCGAGUUCCUGGUCAUCGACUUCGACCGCACCACCAAGAACGAGGCGGUGGGGAGGCUGAUCCUGGGGGCACACAGCAUCACCACCAGCGGGGCGGAGCACUGGAGGGAGGUGUGCGAGAGCCCCCGCAAGCCCGUGGCCAAGUGGCACAGUCUGAGCGAAUACUAA